AGAGAGUGCAGGGAGAGAGACGCUUACUAGAGAGUGCAGAGAGAGAGACACUUACUAGAGAGUGCAAGGAGAGAGACGCUUACUAGAGAGUGCAGGGAGACGGCAAAUAACUCGAAAGUAAAAGGAAAGACAGAAAGUGCAGGAAGAGACAGGCAGCAGGUGGCCAGAUAGUGAAGGGAGAGAAAAAGUGCAUGGAGAGACAGGCACAUACCAGAGAGUACAAGGAGUAACAGGCAUUUACCAGUGAGAGUAGGGUGACCAGAGAAUACAGAGAGAGGCAGAAGUGGCUGGAGAUUGCUGUGAGAGACAGUCCACCAGUUACCAGGGACUGCAUGCUCAAAUAAGUGGAAAAAGUGAUCUCCCAGAUGACAAAUAUACUGAUUCUAACAUGAUGGACAAAGAAAUCUCGGUUCUGAGCGGAUUUGGACAUGAGAUGUCAUCGGCCAAUCCGUAUCACAUGGAGGUGAAAGUGGAAUUUGAUGUGAACUGUAAAGAAGAGGUUCCCUGGGAUGAGAAGGAUCUGCAGAGCGUUGCUUCUGGAGAAGUAAAUUCACCCUUUUACUGCCUCGUGUGUGGAAAAGUGUUUGGACAACGGCACAAUCUAAUCAAACACCAGCGCAUCCACACAGGGGAGCGGCCGUACAGUUGUGACCAGUGUGGGAAGAGCUUCAUCCAAAAACAGCACCUUACAAAGCACCAGAGGCUCCACACUGGAGAGCGGCCAUACAUUUGCCAGUUGUGUGGCCGUAGCUUUAGUCUGAAGCAUAACCUGACAACCCAUGAGAGGAUCCACACUGGAGAGAAACCCUAUCCUUGUACCGAUUGCGGCAAGAGCUUCAGCCGACGAGAAAAUCUUCGUGCUCAUCAGAGAUGCCACCUGAACAAAACAGCUGGCCGCAACACCAUGGCACAGCUGAAAGAGCCAAUGAAUCCCUGCAGUCUUGUGCGCCCACUUCCGGCUGUAGUCAAACAGCCCACUGAAGAGAGAGUCACUGAGAACAAUCCCCCUCCUAAGGUGGUCCCCAGCGGCGAACGACCAGUGAAUCCUAGACCAUUCAUAUGUCCUCAGUGUGGAAAGCGAUUCUUCAACAAGCAAACAUUCAUCAAUCACUACAGGAUUCAUACUGGUCAGAGACCGCACACCUGCCCUGAGUGUGGACGCAGCUUCAUCCAGAAACAGCACCUCACUAAGCACAUCCGCACACAUACAGGGGAGAAGCCCUAUACCUGUGGCGAGUGUGGCAGAAGCUUCAGCAUGAAGCAUAACCUGUGUACACAUAUGAAGACUCACACUGGAGAGAAGCCUUACAGCUGCUCAGCCUGUGGAAAGAGAUUCACCCGGAGAAGCACCUAUCAAGCACAUCAAAGAAUUCACUGCAAAUCCAAAUCGGAAGAAGGUCCUUCAGGAGACCCUCCAGUAGCAUCCCAUCGUGUAGAGGAAAUGACAUUUACACCUAAGGGCAUCUACAUUGUGGAGGUGCCAGAGCAGAAUUUGAUGGAGCAAAUGACGCUACAUACAGAAGAGAAGCCCAUAACCUGUGGCCAAUGUGGGAAGGAUUUCAGUGAUAUCGGGGAGAUACCCAUUUGCUGUUCUGCCUGUGGAACAAACUUUCACCAAAAUAGAAUCCUAACCAUGGACUUGAGCUCUCCCUCAGCAGGUCUACAUGAUGUUCCUGUCAUCUCAGAGCAGAAGUCACUACUAAUCACAGAAAAAGGGCAGAACCUUGACGAUCAGGAUCCUGAAGUCCAGACCUUAGGAAGUCCAGUGAGCCCGCAGAACCAUGAAGAGUCUUAUGUGGAGACUGCACAAUUCUCCUGUCAAUGGUGUGGACAGAUAUUUGGCCAGAGAGAAGAUCUGGAACAACAUGAGCCGCUUCACAGUGGGGAGAAAAUCCAUGCCUGUGAUCAGUGUGGGAAAACAUUUUUUCAGAAGAAUCUGUUGAUCAGGCAUGAGAAGACGCACACCGGGAAUAGAUGGUCCUCACGUAAUCCUCCCAGCAAGAACCUCACACAUGUUCAACCGACCCAGAACAGGAUGACCACUGUAAAAAAGCCUUUCUCAUGCAACAAGUGCGGGAAAAGUUUUAGCCAUCAAGAGACUUUGACUCUGCAUUAUAGAAACCACCAGAGAUACUCCGCCAAUACUACAACCUCAGAACUGAAGGACAAGCAAUGCUUAAGAAGUAGCCUGAAACAUGUCCAUAAUGGCAGCCAAGGACGAGUCUUCCCGUGUUCUGUGUGCGGCAAAUCAUUCAACCAAAAACAUACCCUGAUUAACCAUCUGAGGAUCCACUCAGGAGAAAGGCCAUAUUCCUGCUCCGUCUGUGGUAAGAGCUUUAUUCAGAAGCAGCACCUGACAAAGCAUGUGCGUCUCCACACGGGGGAAAGACCCUAUUCCUGCCAGGAGUGUGGCAGAAGCUUCAGCCUGAAACACAACCUGACCACCCACCAGCGAAUCCACACAGGGGAGCGGCCAUAUGCCUGCAAACAGUGUGGUAAGAGGUUUAACCGUAGAGGCAUUUUACGAAGCCAUGAAAGGAUCCACCUUCAUGAGGCAGCACAGACUUCAUGCAAUACUGAGGACCUGACUGUGCUGCCGGACAGAGAAGAAAAUGCCCUGUAAUGGAGUUGUGAAGAUCAAUGGACAGGUACGGAAGGAGAGACCAGUGAGACGGUGGGGAAUACUUUUUAGACAUUUCCAGGAACAUGUCAGUGUCUUCAGAAAUGCAUUGGUUCUUCACUCCAGAGCUAGCUAGCUGCAAAAAUCAAGGAUGUUCCAAGAUAAAGACCUCCAUCGAUCCUGGAGAAUAUCUUGGAUAACGGCACAUCAAGAGCCUCAGUGUCCUGAGAUGUCAGGUUAGAACGGUACAACCUGGAGCAUGGACUCCAUGAUGAGGCAUACGAGUCACUUGUCACCACAAUUUUCUUAGAUCAGUUCUGGCAGGUGUAAUAGACAUGGACAACCUUCAUACAGAGUGAAGAGAUGGGGCAGUUGGAGAAUCUAUCGAGCAGAAAUCUGAAUAUUUGCUACGCUGCUGUACUUGAGCCUGGUGGCCAUGGUGGGGGUUCCUUUGUGUCUCCAGACAUCCGCCUCUGUAGUUGUUGUGUGUGAGGUGGAGUUGACCUCUGAGAUGUUCUGACUGUA